AAAAUACACAAGUGUUGAAGAAGAAGAGCAGCAGACGCACACGUAAGUCGAAUACAAACUGUGACGAAAUCCAGAAACACAACGCUACAAUCAAUCCCAAUAGCGAAAUGAAGAAAGAUAAAGGAGUCGCAAUCCAAAACCCUAAGGAAGAAGAGGAAGACGAUGAUGACGAAGAAGAAGAUGGUUUUGAUCGUCGAUUUCAAAACGCCCAAUCUGCCGCUCUCCCCUUCUCCACUCGCAACGCUUCUUCUAAAUAUGAUUUUGUUAAGGUGAAGGUAUGGUUGGGAGACAAUGCCGACCACUAUUACGUGCUCUCCCGGUUUUUGCUUAGCAGAAUGUUGACUGUCACUAAGAUUCCUAAUCACGUGGCUAUUAAGAUUGCUCUUGAGCUGAAAAAGCUGCUUAUAGAUAAUAGCCUUCUAGACGUCUCGCAGUCUGACCUCGAAGCUAACUUAUUUAAGCUCAUGGAGCGGCGAGGUUAUGGCCAAGAGUAUAUAAACCGAUACAAAAUGAUGACGAGAUUUCAUCAUCAAAGAGUGCCACUGGUCAUUCUUGUAUGUGGAACUGCAUGUGUUGGAAAAUCGACUAUUGCUACUCAACUUGCACAAAGGCUAAAUUUGCCAAAUGUGUUGCAGACGAGUAUGGUGUACGAGUUACUGCGUACAGCAACAGAUGCGCCAUUAACAUCUUCCCCAGUUUGGGCACGAGAUUUCAGCUCGUCUGAUGAGUUAAUAACUGAAUUUUGCAGAGAGUGUCGAAUUGUCCGCAAAGGUUUGGCUGGUGAUUUGAAGAAAGCAAUGAAGGAUGGGAAACCAAUUAUUAUUGAGGGCAUACAUUUGGACCCUAGUAUUUACUUAAUGAAUGAUGAAAAUAAGUCAUCAACCACGAACCAAGGAAAAGAGGGAGAAAAGACUGAAGGAAAAAUAAAAAAUGGAAGCUCAGCUGACAAUCAUUCCACUGCUGCAUCUGUUAGUCAAGAUAAUGACAACUCUGGCAAUCAGAUUGCCAGGUCAGAUGAAGUAGCAUCAGGUGUGGAUAUGGUUUCAGGGGCUCUGGAAAAUGUGAACAUAAGCAGUAGUGGCCCUGAAUGUCAAGGCAUAUUGGUGAAAGAUGCUGAACCCAUCCGGCCACCUGCAGUCAAUAAAGAAAAGUCUGGACCUGAACCCAUUAUAAUUCCUAUAAUCCUGAAGAUGGCUGAAUUUGACCAUAAGGCUUUGCUGGAGGAGUGGUUAUCUACUCGUGCCAUGGAAAAAUUCCCUGUACAGGACAAGGAUAAGUUAAUUGCUAACUUGAAAACUAUCCAGGACUACCUCUGUUCAUUUAAGUCCCAGGGUUACUCAGUUGUCAAUAUAUCGGCUACAGCUUUCCCUCAGACUUUAGAUUGGCUGCAUAGUUACCUACUUCAGUGCAUUGAGCAAGGUACAACUUCAGUUUCUGCUAAGAGUGAUGGUCAGACUGUGGGAAACUAGGUCAAAAAUAUCAUAGCUUGGUGAAUUGAAGGGCAUCCGAAGACAAGGUAUUGGUGGUUCCCACUUAAUGUGAAUUGUCAAAUACAGAUUCGAGGGACAACUUGUAAUUGAGGAUGAUCUUGAAUGUAAAAUUAUAAACGAGGGUGCGGCUUUCUGGUAAUAGGAGAUGGAGGUGUGGAUUGUUAUUAUCGCAAACAAGGGAUGCCUCUCAUUGAACCGCCAUAGCCAGAGACAAUAGGGGGUAUAGUUAUUAGCUAUUUAUAUCGACGUCUCCGCCUGUAUCAUGCCGUUACAUAUCACCUUUGUACUCGCUAUUAUGGCCACACUGUUUUAAUUGGAUUUGGGAAUGUUUCAACUGCUAGUUUAUCAAGGCUAUUACUUUGUUUUUA